AUGAGUGAGAAAGAACGUGCUGUAAUUGCUAGAACACAUGAAGCAUUCGGAACGUGUUUAACAGCCGAAAAAUUAAAAGAGGACUUCAACAAAUUAGGUAUCCUGCCUGGCAUGAAUCUAUUGGUUCAUUGUUCAUUGUCGAAAAUCGGAUGGAUUUGUGGUGGAUCUGUUACUCUUAUACAAGUUUUACUAGAUUUAUUAGGUCCCGAAGGAACUCUUAUAAUGCCGUCUCAUACUAGUGAUAAUUCCAACCCUAAAUAUUGGCAAAAUCCACCCGUACCAUCAGAAUGGUUUGAUACUAUUCGUCAAUCAAUGCCAAUGUAUCAAUCUGAUAGAACACCUACAUUGUAUAUGGGAAAACUAGCUGAAACAUUUCGAAAAUGGCCUGGAGUUUUACGAAGUGAGCACCCACAACAUUCGAUGAUUGCUUUUGGUAAAAAUGCUAAAUUAAUUAUUGAUAAACAUAUUGAUUCCUGCAGUGAACAAUCGCCAUUGGCUCGUUUAUAUGAUUUAAAUGAUAAUGGAUAUGUUUUAUUGUUAGGCGUCGAAUAUGAAAAUAAUACUUCGCUACAUUUAUCUGAAUACCGUUUUCAAACCAAUAAUAAUAUUGAAAAAACUUUUAUCAGUGGUGCAUCAAUAGAAAAUCCCGAAACAAAAAAACGUCAAUGGAUUGAAUGGAACGAUUAUGACUAUGAUUCAAACGAUUUUAAUGAUAUUGGACGUGCAUUCGAUUCUAUAGAAGGAAACACAACAAUUGGAUCUGUUGGUUUGGCGAAAGCUCGAUUAAUGAAGCAAUAUUUAUUGAUCGAUUUUGCUACUGAUUGGAUGAAUAAAAAUAGAAUGAAAAAAAACACAAGCUAA